GGUUUCAUGUCGCGUGACCAGCCGGCACACCGUAUUCGAUCGAACAACCCAAACAGCUUUGCCGCGGCCGCCGCAGCAAAUCCGAGCACGCCGGGGAGAUCCGCGGGACGGCCGGCGGAAUCACGGGGCUGUGGGCGGGACAACCGCGGCGCGCGGCUGUAGUGCCGUGCGCGCCUCGGCCUCCUUCCCAAUCCCCAGCCGCGGGGAGCUGCAGAAGGCGGAUUGGGGGAUUCGGGUGCUGACGAAUUGAGGAAUGGCGGUGCGGCCGUGGUGGGUGGUGGCGGUGGCGCGGGCGUCGGCGGCGGGGUGGCAGCGCGUGGCGUGCAACCCGGAGACGCUCCCGCCCGACCGCGUCCUGGCCCUGCUCUGCUGCGGGCCGCUCCACCUCCUGCUGCGCUUCGCCGCCUUCCUCUGCGUCCCAUUCAUCCCCGCCCACCGCUUCGCCUCCCCUCGGCGCCGCCGCGCGCAGCCGCACCGCCUCCUCUUCCUCCCGCCUCCGGAGCUGUUGCUAGCGCGGUACUCCCCUCCCCCUUCGUCGUCCUCAUCAUCAUCAUCCUCCGACGAUGAUGACGAAGACGACGACAUCGAGGACGGGGAUUUCAUUCGCCCUCACGUCGAUUGAGGUUGCUUAGGAAUAUUCGCUGGAAGAGUGCAAACUUUGGUCUUCAGUUUCAAAGAUUGAACACUUGCCUGCGGCUGCGGUACCUCACUCGAAACCAUCAGGCCUUCUAUCUCAGUCUUCAUGACCUAACAUUUUGAGGAUCAUCAUUGUUAAUAAGUUCAUUGUCAGUGUAUAUUAUUGCAUUGUAUAUAUAAUAUAAGUGAAACUCAUCACCAAGUAGUGGUGGUGAAAUGUCACCUGUGUAUUUGAAAGUCGGAACGCAAUUCGAAAUUUGAAUUGAAGAUGUUUGUGUUCAUAUGUGGAAAUAAUAAGGUCUCAUCAUUGCUA